AUACGUAUAUGUAUAUAUAUAUAUAUAGAGAGAGAGAGAGAGAGAGAGAGAGAGAAAGAGAGAAAACACUGGACAUCGCGCUAGAGAAUCGUGAAGAUCGUGGAAGAUCGAGGGACUGUGGAGUCACGAGUUUGAAGAUCCGUCACACUAUAGAUCGUGCGAACUAACUCGGCAAGGAUUAAAUGCGAAUGUGCACGGGACAAUUGGUUGACGUUUGAUAAUAGCACAGUGUGUGUUUGGUAAGGGAUAAAGCAGAUCGCCACAGCGGUUGUUCUCGUUUGGACCAGUUCCAGGCGGAUGUGAAACCGCCGACAAGUGAUAUUACGGCCGAUACCACAAUGGUGAACUAUCCUCGGAUCAUGACAUUCAGUUAGUGAUCGUGUGCAUCCCCACGUUGUUGCGCGUGUGCAUUUGUGCAGCGUAGUAGAUAAAAGAAGAAAGAUAGAAGGAAAGAGGGGAGAGAAGAAGGGGGUGAUCGAUGAAAGAAGGUUGUCGUUGUUGGACAUGAGGCGAGGAAAACAGCACGUGUUCGUCGUAGCCAGAGGCUGGACGAGAUCCUGAUAGCCGCAGCGACCAGGAUCCGGGAUCAUUCAAGGAAGAAAGGAUGCCAGGGGGGCGCAGGGGCCUGGUCGCCCCGCAAAACACAUUCCUCGAGAACAUCAUACGACGGAGCAGCAGUCAACCUGACAGCAGUUUUCUCCUGGCGAACGCUCAGAUCGUCGACUUCCCUAUUGUCUAUUGCAACGAAAGCUUUUGCAAAAUCUCUGGCUAUAAUCGUGCCGAGGUUAUGCAAAAGUCCUGCCGCUGCGGAUUCAUGUACGGGGAGUUGACGGACAAAGAGACGAUCGCCAGGAUCGAGGAAUGCCUCGAGGGCCAGAUUCACGAUCAAUUCGAGAUCCUGCUGUACAAGAAGAACAGUGCCCCACGAGAAACACCACUAUGGCUGCUUCUACAAAUAGCGCCAAUAAAGAACGAACGGGACCUAGUGGUCCUGUUCCUGUUGACCUUCCGGGACAUCACUGCCCUGAAGCAGCCAAUCGAGGCAGACGACAGCAAGGGUGGCCUCUCCAAAUUCGCCAAGCUCGCCAGAUCGGUCACCAGGUCGAGAUCUGUUCUUGUCUCACAAUUCAGCUCCCAUCUGCCCGCCCUCAAGGAUUCCGCGUUGCCAACCACCGCGAAGCAAUCACACUUAGCUCAUAUGAUGUCCUUAAGCGGCGACGUGAUGCCGCAGUACAGACAAGAGGCGCCAAAGACCCCGCCGCACAUUUUGUUACAUUACUGCGCGUUCAAGGCGAUUUGGGACUGGAUCAUUUUAUGUUUGACUUUUUACACGGCCAUCAUGGUGCCCUACAACGUCGCGUUCAAAAACAAAACCAGCGAGGAUGUGUCCCUGCUGGUUGUCGACAGCAUCGUUGACGUCAUAUUCUUCAUCGACAUUGUCCUCAACUUUCACACCACGUUCGUUGGCCCUGGUGGCGAGGUGGUGUCUGACCCUAAGGUGAUCAGAAUGAACUACCUGAAAUCAUGGUUCAUCAUCGACCUGUUGAGCUGCCUACCGUACGACGUGUUCAACGCGUUCGAUCACGACGAGGACGGCAUAGGAAGCCUGUUUUCAGCGUUGAAAGUGGUCCGUCUUCUCCGGCUUGGUCGGGUCGUUCGAAAACUAGACCGGUAUCUGGAGUAUGGAGCCGCGAUGCUCAUUCUACUGCUCUGUUUCUACAUGUUGGUUGCUCACUGGCUGGCCUGUGUCUGGUACGUCACUUUAAGGUACUCGAUAGGAAGGUCAGACGCCGAUAACGGAGUUCAAUAUUCCUGGCUGUGGAAGCUGGCGAACGUCACCCAGUCCCCGUACAGUUACCUGUGGACCAAUACCAGCACCGCGCCUGAAUUAGUCGCGGGACCGUCCAGGAGAACCAUGUACGUCACCGCAUUAUACUUCACGAUGACUUGCAUGACUUCGGUGGGAUUCGGUAACGUCGCCGCCGAAACCGACAACGAGAAGAUUUUUACCAUCUGCAUGAUGAUCAUUGCCGCUCUGUUGUACGCCACCAUCUUUGGUCACGUGACUACGAUAAUCCAACAGAUGACAUCCGCCACGGCUAAAUAUCACGAUAUGUUGAACAACGUGAGGGAAUUCAUGAAAUUGCACGAGGUGCCGAAAGCUCUUAGCGAACGCGUGAUGGAUUAUGUGGUGAGCACUUGGGCGAUGACCAAGGGCCUAGACACUGACAAGGUACUCAACUACUGCCCUAAAGAUAUGAAGGCGGACAUCUGCGUUCACUUGAACAGAAAAGUCUUCAACGAGCAUCCUGCGUUUAGAUUGGCCUCUGACGGUUGCCUUCGCGCCCUGGCAAUGCAUUUCACGAUGUCCCAUAGCGCACCGGGUGAUCUAUUGUAUCAUACAGGCGAGUCGAUCGACUCGUUGUGUUUCAUAGUGACUGGAAGCCUGGAGGUAAUCCAAGACGACGAAGUGGUCGCCAUUCUCGGUAAGGGUGACGUGUUUGGGGACAGCUUCUGGACAAACCCGUCCGUGGGACAGAGCGCUGCCAAUGUUCGAGCUCUAACCUAUUGCGAUCUUCACACAAUCAAGAGAGAUCGACUGUUGGAGGUGUUGGAUUUUUACCAAGCCUUCGCCAAUUCGUUUGCUAGGAAUCUCGUUCUGACUUACAAUCUUAGUCAUCGGCUAAUUUUUCGGAAAGUGGCCGAUGUCCGUCGGGAAAAGGAGCUUGCCGAGAGAAGAAAAAACGAGCCACAGUUAGAUCAAGCGCAGGAUCAUCUGGUGCGAAAAAUUUUUUCGAGGUUCAAGACUGACGGGGAUGCCCAGAUCGUUGGCGUGAGCAGGGCCGCGAAUGGACGGUCCCAGGAUUCUGACGAGGAGCUCACCGUGAACGUCCUGCCGCCCUGGCCCAGUUUUAGGUUCCGCAGAGAGAGACACACUGCCGACGUGGAGAAGGGUGAUGGAAAAGAUGGAAAGGAGGGAAAAGAAGGCGAGUCCUCGCACAGCAGGAAGGUAUCCAUCGCGGAUGACAACACCGUGGUCAAGGGGGGGCGAGCUGGAAAAUGGGGACGGCUUUUAGGAAGCUCCAGCUUGGACUCUGGAAGCGAAACAGGAACUGGCGUGGACACGUUCAAGCGUUCUUUAAGCGCGAGAGAUGCCCGUCCUAGCUCAAGUGCCGGUAGCAAUAAAGUGUUUCCCAAGUUUGGCAAGUUGAGCGGCACCAUAGAGGAAACAGGGGACGCGGAAACUGCGAAGGAGAGCCAACAACUGCAACAACAACAGCAACAAAAUGUCGCGGACUCGAAACAACUUCAACUUCGCCGAUUGGAAAGUUACGACGAUGGAUUGAUCACCACUCAACCGAGCCACGAUCGCGAAAUUCUAGCCGCUGUCCUCGAGGUGAAAGUGGAUCUGAAGCUGGAAGUACAACGAGUGAACCAGAGGUUGGCAAAAAUCGAGGACAUGCUCCAAACGCUGAUGAACAGGUUGCCCGCGGCCAGCCCGCAGCAGCAAAAGAGCACGAACAAUUUUUCGACGGGUGGUAACGGUGGUUCGUCGCAGAAUCAAUCGGGCGGCCAGCCGCAGGGAGGCUCGAGCUGCCAGCAAGGCUCCCAAGCUACUCAAACGUCGGGAGGAGGCGGGGAACAGAAGGUUUCUACGUCCACCUCGACGAGCGGAGGUGAAGUUUACAGGGAGCAGGGGACAACCACUGAAAGGAUGUCCAAGUCCCAGGAGCACCAUCAUCAUCAUCAUCAUCAUCAUCAAUCGCAGUCGGACAGGCUGAAGGAGAGUGAUUACAAGACCUCCUCGAGGGAAGUGAGCAAAGAAUUAUUGGAAAGACUGGCCCAGGCGACUACUUCCAGGGGGGACGACGGUACGCCUCUUGGACCUUUGAUAUUGAGAAAGCGAAGAAGCAAAUCGAGAAACAAGGGGGCUGCACCGUUGGCUCCGUUAGCCAGUCAACCGAUCAGCCCUUCGGAAGCGACGGAGACAACGCAGAUGCUCGAGUGCACCGACGAUAGGGAACAGAGCGCCACGACGGCAGACAGAAGCGAAAGGUCCGACAGAAAGAGGCCUCCGCCCAGGCCCAGAGAGUACUUGUGAAAGUUCUUAAGGCUCCGGGCGGUCGUCUCGAGACUGAUCUUCUUCUAGCGAGAAUCGCAGGAAGGAAUUGCCGUUUUAUGGAAUAUUUUCAUUUUCAAAAGAUUAGAAUUAUAAUAGAUGCGAAUUUUUCGAUAAGAUUGUGAUGCAACGAUGGAGAAAGAAAGUAAAGAAUAUGUAUUUUGAAAGUUAGUCGUGCGUUUAUUGAGAAAAGGAAAUGCGAGUUAUUGUGGAAGUAAAUGAGUAUCGAGGAUUGUAGAAUUUGUGAUUAUUCGAAAAAAUGAGAGAAGUUUAAACAAGUGAUUAGACGAAGAGAAUGACUAUUUUAGCGAACUCUUUUUAACGAAAUGAGACGAGUAAAGGUAUAAUUUAUCUGUAAAAUUUCACUGUGUACAUUUUAAAAACAUGCUGCAUUAUCGCUACUCGCUUCGCGUCUGGUCUUUAACGAGUAUUCGUCGGUACACGCGAGAAAUGAGCCUGACUCUGAGAGAAAAAAGUGAAAGUUUGAUAGAAACAGAAUGGAAGAAAAUAAAAAAAAUGAAAAAAGAGAGAAAAGAAGAAGAAAGAAAAAUGUAGGGAAAAAGGCGUUCGUGCCGAUGAAAAACGGUCCCGCUACUAUAACAGAACUUGGCAUAUUUUUGCAUGGCCAAAAACAAGCGAUUAAAAAAUAAAAAAAGUAUCAAAGAAAAAAGAAAAACAUAAAAAAGUAUAUCGAAUUAUAUACUGCUUGCGACGGCUUCUUCGAGACAUCGAAACGUUAUAAACGAGAGGAUGAAAAACUAACAUUCAAAAUACUCACGUUGUAACAUGUAACGUUAACACACACUGUAAUCGUAGGUUUACACGCAUUUUUAGGGGAUCUCAGCUAGAUUCGUGAUUGAGCGCGAUAGAUUUUAAGUAACAUUAACAACCAACAACAACAACAACAACAACAACAACAACAACAAAAGAAAACAAGAAAUAGAAAAACAAACGAAAGGAAAAAAGUGUGUGAAGAUAAAUAAUAAAGGAAAAAUAAUUUGGAAAGGAAAUAACAGAUGUCGUCAGAGAAGCGGUGGAGAAAGUGAAAAUGAGGUUAGGUAGAAACUAAAAAUUAAUUCUCGGUCAGUUCUCGAUUCAUUCUAUUGAAAAAAAUAAUUUUUUGAUAAACAUUCCAAUUCUCUAACGAUUUGAGCGAAAUUCUAUAAUUGCCCGAAACGUUUUGAAUUUAUCGGUUAAGCAGUAAAUGUAAAAAAAUUUUGAAAAAUCGAUCGAGAAUAUGGAAAGGGAAUCGCAAGGCAAUUAUCGCGUUUUAAUUUUUUAAUUUUUAGAUAAUCGACUUCGUGACUCGAAAUGAAAAUAUGUUUUAUCAUUGCUUCGCUAUCGCUACAUCAUGUUCUUCCUUUUUUCAUAAUUUUUUUUAUUUUUAUUUUUUUUUUUUAUCUAUUUCAUUCGAUAACUUCGCAAAAAAGGAAUUGGCGAGCGUGUAAACGUUGAUCGAUGGUUUUUUUCAAUAGUUCAGUCUUAUUGUAAACUAUGUGUGCUUGUGUGUAUUUAUGAGCGCGUGUGUACGUAUGUGCGUGUGCAUACGUGACCAAAAUCGGUUACGAGUAUGUAAAUUUUUGAGAAAAUUCGUUGCAGUGAACCUUGGGAGAACUAUUAUCGACUUUUAUUGAUUAUUAUUGAUUUUAUUGAUUUUAUACUUUAUAUGGCUGUGCUUGCUUAAGUUUAACUUGAUUAAAUUUUAAAUUAAAUUAUUUUUAUUUUUAGACUGUUCAUUGACUUUUUUUUUUACAUUAUUAAUAUAAAAUAUAAGUAUAAAUAAUAAAUAUAAUAAUAUAAAAUCGAUAAGAGAUAUAAAAUUGAUCUAUUUUAUUUUUCCUUUUUUUUUUUCUUUUUUGUAUAGAUUUAUUUAAAAACUGAUAUAUAAAAAGUGCUCCUAUAGUCCACACUCUCGUGUCACAUUUUGUAAGUUUCCCGUCAGAAAGUAUUCUCAUUACUCUUUUGAGAAGAUCUCGUUUAUAAAACGAUUCGUGGACCAUGAUCCUCUUAAACGUCUUGAAGAAAAUAUUAUCGUGUUGUUCAAAGAUAAAGCUAUGUAAUGAGGAAGAAUUCAAAAUAUAUCGA